AUGCUGUCUCUUCAUUUCAACAUUCGGUUCGUGACAAGAUCGAAGCUCAAGAAAGUUCUCUUUCUUUUCAUCCAGCAGACCCGGCAACUUAUCGAUGACUUUCGAAUUCUACGAAAAAGAUCAAAAUCCACAGCGAUGCCAACUUCGUCUUCUCAAAUCAUGAUGCAAGGACCUAUUAAUCGAUCCUCAGUCUUCCGGUUCAUGGAAUUACCUCAAGAAAUCCGAGAUCUUAUCUACGAUUAUGUUCGUAACGACCGACCGUACGUGGUCGACGAUGGAAUCCGACAUGUGACACAUAAAAAGUGCAAGCGUGAACCGCAUGUUUCAGUCUUGAAUCGCCUCAACACGAAUCUCCUCCUCGCAUCCCGGCGGGUCUAUAAUGAAUACAAGCAACAUGCAAACAAACAUAUCCUGCUUGUGAUCCAAGGCCAUCCAGGCAAUCUAGAUAAAUGGUCCCUUCCCAAACACGAGCGUCACAAGGUCGCGGCGAUCAGCAAAAUCAAAGUCAUUCUCAGCGGAAGUCACUCGGGCGAUCAUGCGCUAUCAUUGUUACCUCGUUGGUAUAGAACCGUCUCUCGCGGCAUCACGAAGCUCUGUGCAAACAAAACGCUCCAGCUCGUGGUCCCUCUGAACCUCUGGGAUCUCGCGGAUCAUCCCGAUAAGCACAACGAUAUCAUCGAGCUAGCACGCCGCUUCACACGUAUCCGCAACGUCUCUACGCUCACAAUCUUGCUCAAUCAGUCAGCAUAUGACGACUUACAAAGUUGGAGUUGCACCGAGCACGUUCUAGUUAACCGCUGGACCGCGCGAGAUGGAACCUGGAAGGAGCAGCAUUCAAUUACGGUCCAAGAAGCGAACGAGAUCUCCUGCUUGGUGGAGGACGAGAAGUGGGCGAAGUACAAGAAUGCUCCAUUGGGAGCGAUCGUCUAUGACGAACCUACUACUUCUUCUCAAUCAAAUAUGCAGGCGGGCUCUGAAAUCUCAUCUACUUGA